AUGUUUUACGAUCCACAAUGGAAUAUUAGUUCAACAUCACAGUUUAUUUCGAAGACCGAUUUGCAUGAGCUAUUGGAAAUUUUUAACACAAGUUCUAACUUAGAAACACAAAUAAAGCUUAUCUCUAUACUCAAUAGAUAUUUGCUGACAAACAAUGCACAGCACGUAGAUGUUAUUAUGCGAUGCAAACCUAUGUACUAUACAAUAGACCGCAUACUAGCCAUGAAUCUACCAAAAAAGACUGCGACGAUUCUUAAUUUCCUAACGUUAAUACUUUUCUGUGACAACGAGGAAUGCACGUCUAGACAACACACUUUGAGUUUAUUCGCGAAGAAUAUGAUACGAACGAGCGGAUGUCUCGCUACCCUCAUAGACGUAUUCUUGGCGCACAUGGUGCGGCAAGACACUUGGAUUUCUCUAUGUCAUUGUUUAACUGAAAUAUGUUGUGGUUCAGAAGUUAAUCAGAGCUAUUGUUCCCACCUCAUAUGUCAGGUUAGUUAUGUUAUGAAAUAA